CGCCGAUAGCGCGUUGAGGUGAGCCCGUUUCAUAACCUCGCAGUUUCAUAACAGAUACACCGAUUUCAGAGUCUGUGUUUUCUUUGCAAAGGAGAGGGAAGUUGCAUAUACUGAAACAUGAGUACACUUUGUGAGGUUAGUAAGGAGUCCCCAUGUAAGCCUAGUUUGGAAGAGGCAGCUGUUCCAGACGAAGAUGCUCAUAGCAGGGUUGGCUCGGAAACCGAUCUAGAAAUUUUAACAACGCGAGAUGGAGAAUCUCCCUUGACAGUAUCAUCUUUCCCGGCCAGUGAGAUGAUCACACAGAGUGUGAUGGAGGAGGAGGGCAAACUGGAGAAAGAGGGAGAGGCAGAGGAGGAAGAAGAGUUAAGAAAAAGGAAAGAGUUAUGGUUACAUAUGGAACAAGAGACAAAAGAAGAAAGGUAUCGGCGACUUCAGUGUCUUCUCAUGAAGAGUAAUAUGUAUACAGAAUAUCUACUGAGACGUAUGGAAAGACAGAGAGAAGAAGAGAAAAAGAGGAGAGAAAGAAUUCUCAAGAAACUUGCCAAAGAAGAACAGAAGAAGAAAGAAGAAACAUUGAAGACUCAACAAAACACAGAAAUAUCUCAGGAUUCUGAUGUUAAGGCUAAAAGUGAUGUGGUUAAAUCUGAAGGAAACGCUGCAGCAGCAGAUACUGAAAGUAGUCCGAAACCAGAACCGAAACCAGAACCAAGAAAAACUAGAGGAAAAUUAAAACUGCGAGCACCUGUUCCGAAAAGCACACUUUCAGGGUCAAGUACUCCAGCAGGGUCACAGUCGACUCCAAAUACUCCAGGCAUAGAAAGCGGGAAUACACCUAAAAUAGAAUCUGCUAAAGAGGAAAGUAUGGACACUUGUACCUCACCUGCGUCCAAUGUUGAAGGAAUUACUGGUUCUCCAUCAUCAGAUAAAGAGAACCGUCCUACAGGAAAACAAACAAGAACCAGUUUAAAACCACCAGAGGUAGAAGAUUUUGAGGAGACUUUGAGAGGGUAUCUUGGAGAGAAAUUAAUGCUGGAUGUAACUGUGAAAGAAGAACAGAACGAUAACUCUGAAGAUCCUCUUUAUGCAGAAUCAAAGAAAGGUAGAAAGAGAAAAAACUUGGAUUAUAAUGAACAAUCGCCACAGAGUGCCAAACUACUUACACAUUUCUUCCAGCCAUCAUCAAAGAAGAGAAAAGUUGAAGAGGAAGAAAAUACGGAAAUCAAAAUAGAGAAGAAAGCAAAGAAGGAAGUGGAAUUGUUUAAAGGCCAUCCUGAUAUUGACACAGAUGGUAAAAUUUUACGUCCAGCUCUUUUGACAGGGGGAGAGUUACGUAAUUACCAGGUAGAGGGACUCAAUUGGCUCAAGGUGUUGUUUGAGAAUGGUGUAAAUGGAAUGUUAGCUGAUGAGAUGGGACUGGGAAAGACUAUACAGUGUGUAGCUCUGUUGUGUCAGAUAGUUACCAUGGGAGCCCAUGGUCCCUUCAUGGUGGUUGCACCACUGUCAACACUUCCAAACUGGAAAAUGGAGUUUAAAAGAUUUGCUCCACAUCUACCUGUGGUAUUUUACCAUGGUUCAAAAGAUGAAAGAGCAGCAGUAGUGAAACAGAUCAGGAAGAAACAUCGGAUCAUGGAAAACGUUACUAUUCAGCCUGUUGUGAUUACCUCGUACGAGAUAGCAAUGAUUGACAGACCAGUGUUGAAGAACUUUGAUUGGACGUACAUGAUUGUAGAUGAGGGUCAUAGGAUCAAAAAUAAGAAUUGUAGAUUGAUCAGGGAAUUGAAGCAAUACAAGAACACUCACAGAUUGUUGCUAACUGGCACACCACUACAGAACAACCUUAGUGAACUAUGGUCACUGCUCAACUUCCUGCUGCCAGAGAUAUUUGAUGAUCUUGGAAGUUUUGAGACCUGGUUUGAUGUUGAAAUGAUAUCCGGCGAGGCAGCUGAUGAAGCGAUAAUAGAGGAAGAGCGAAAGAGCAAUAUCCUUGGCAUGUUACAUCAGAUUUUGACCCCAUUCAUGUUGAGAAGAGUGAAAGCUGAUGUAGAUUUAGAAAUCCCACCAAAGAAAGAACUUCUAGUUUACGCCCCACUUAGUAAAGAACAGCUGGAAUUUUAUGAAACAACUGUAGACAGAACCAUUUUCCAAAAGCUCAAAGGCAAAGAGGAAGAGGAAGAAAUCCCAGUAGAUUUAUACUCUACAGAAAGACCAAAGAGAGGGCGGAAAUCCAUAACAAAGAAGGCAGAGCCUGUAUCCUCUUUAAAUGCUGAAGUGUCCAUUAAAAUGAACAAUAUCAUGAUGCAGUUAAGAAAAGUGUGUAACCACCCAUACCUCUUGGAGUAUCCAUUAGAUGAAUUUGACAACUAUAAGAUGGAUGAAGACCUAGUGAAGAAGUGUGGAAAGAUGAUGAUCCUAGAUAAAAUGUUGCCAGAACUACGGAACAGGGGGCACAAGGUACUGAUAUUCUCACAGAUGACCAAGAUGUUGGAUAUAAUAGAAGAUUAUCUGUGUAUCAGGAAGAUUGAAUAUUGUCGACUUGAUGGUAGUUGCAAGAUAGAUGACAGACAGCAAUCUAUGGAGAAGUUCAAUACAGAUCCAAACACUUGGGUAUUCUUGUUAAGUACGAGAGCUGGAGGUCUAGGUGUGAAUCUCAUUGGAGCCGAUACAGUAAUCAUCUAUGACAGUGACUGGAACCCUCAGUGUGACCUGCAAGCUCAGGACAGAUGUCAUAGGAUAGGUCAAACCAAACCUGUUGUGGUAUACAGAUUUGUCACUGCUAACACUAUAGAUCAGAAAAUUGUGGAGAGAGCAGCUGGGAAACGUAAACUGGAGAAAAUGGUUAUACAUAAAGGAAAGUUCAAGUCUGGUAUAAACCAGGAUUUUACAAGUGAAGUGAAGCCAUUAUGCCCGGAAGAACUGAUGGAACUAUUAAAAUCUAAGGACCACUGUGGUGUAGUAGAACAGGGUAAACAUGGAGAAGUACUCAGUAAAGAAGACCUGGAUGCAUUACUAGACAGAAGUGAUCUAAUUGAGGAAUUUAACAAAUCAAAGAAGAACAAGGUAAAACAAGAGAAAGAAGAAAAACAAGAAUCCAAGUAAACUAUGAUAACGAAGACAUUAUUGAAGAACUUCUCUGCAAUGGUUACAGUGAUAUAAUCAGUAUCACCAAUGUGGUUGGAGAUGUAAACAUAAAGAUAACAAAUAUCAACACCAAAUAUAAUGUGAACAAAAUCUUGACCAAAGUUUGUUGUAUGAAUAGACCAUUUUAGUAAAAUCUCUAGUGAUAGCUAGAGAAUAUAUUUUCUGAUAGUUUCACACUAAACUUUUGCUGAUGUAUGUGGGCCUUUUUUGAAAGGGAUGAGACAUAUAUACUUCCUCCAAUUUAGUGCUUUAUCAGAUCAGUGACUGAUUUGGGAACAAAAUGAUAGAAGUUAGAUUGAAGUAAAAUUUAUUGUUUGUGUAGAUUUUUAGUAGUAAACCAAAGGUAUGUUGAAAAUGGUUGUAAAAAGCAUCUCAAACAGUUACAGGGGAUCAUUGUUGUAAAAAUCUCGUUAAACUGUAUCUGGUAUACAGAUUUUAGUUAUAAUAAAUAGUAAAAUAGAAUUUUAAAUAGAUUUUUAUUAGUGUUAUAUUAUUUUAGUCUUUUAUUAGCACAUUCUGUAGAUAAAUAGAUUGUUUUUUUGUUUUUGUUCCUGCAUCAUAGAGUUUGGAGCUUUCCAAUUUGUCUCUGUUUGUCAGUAUGGUCAAAUUUAGAUUUUAAGUUUUCUUUAUUUUAGUAAUUUCUAUGUAGAUUAUCUCCUAGAAAUAACGGUAUUCUGAAAUUGCAAGGUUGAUGUGUGAAUUUUUUGCCAUGUCACACAAAAUUUAUACAUUCCAAAUUUUUGGAAAGAAAUUUGAGUCAAGAUUGUUUACCACAAUUGUUGCUGGUUUAGUGAAUAGUAUAAAUAAAGAUAAGAUUUUUAUGCCCCCAAAGGGAGGCAUAUUAGUUUUCAACUGUCCGUUUGUUCAUUCGUUUGUCACAAUGUUAACUUUUUGCAUGAAGGCACUUUACUCGCGAACCACUGCACCAUGGACCUUCAAACUUCACAUGCCAAUAGUACUUAUUGAGUACAUGACCCCUAUUCACUUCGGGGUCACCAGGUCAAAGGUCAAGGCGCUGCGGGGGCAUUUGUCACCAUUAGUGACAGCUCUUGUUAAAAGUUAAUGUGAUCCUGUCACAUCAGGCUGUGAUUCCACAUCCACUGUAAGUUUGGAUUGAAUUAAAAUUUCAUAGGUGAUGUGUUGAUGUAUGUAAUGAACGAAAGCUUUGAGGCAAUCAGUAGUGGAUUAUGCUUUUUUGUUAUCUAAGGAUGUGCCAACACCUUCCAGUGGAUGCUGUUCUAGUUAUAUUUUCAGUGGUAGAGGGCACAUAGAAAAUUACUGUUUUAUAAGUAAACCCCCACAAUAGUUAGAAAUAUUAGUAUUGUUUAGAACAGAGUGCUUCUGUUGUUGAGAAAACAUGGUGCUAUUUCAAUUGUUUUAUUGGUUUCUGUUUUAUACUAAUAACAUUUGUUAACUUACUAGCUUUUGUUAAACAUGGUUAUGAUUUUCUUACCAUUUUGUUUAUUUCUUUACAAGUAUUUAAGUUGUCUUCUCCACUGAAUGCAAUGAUACAGAAGAUUUUGUUUGUUCAAUUUGCAAAACAUUAAAGGAUUAAAACAGGGAGAUGAUGAAAUUUCACUUUAUUCUUAAAGGGUCAUGCCUCCAGAUUACAAAACAUAAAAUAGACAGUAAUCAAAAAUGAGUCACAAGUAUUUCUUAAGAAGAAAUUUUAAUGUGCAUUGUAUAAAAUACUGCUAAAUUCCUUCCAUAUUUUAUCAGAUUUUGAUAGUAUGACUUGGGACUGUUGAGAGUUUUCUAUGUAUUUUAUCAACCAAAUGGGUGUUAAUGGAUAGUCUUCCUGUUUAAAACACACAGACUCAUUUAAGAAUGUCUUUUUAUGGUAAAUUACUAUCUAAUUAAAGCAUUUUCCAAUUGAUUAAAAACAUUUGACAUGAAUCUGGAGGCAUGCAUCUUUAAAAUGUAAAAAUUUGAAUCUGACUGUUGUAUUGAAAAUGAUAAACUGACAAAAUUACAGAUUUUCUGUUUAUUUUUGCUUGUCAAAGAUUGUGGAAGAACAGAGGUUGUAAAAUUUAGAAAAUGCUUGUAAAUAUAUACAUUCUCGUAUGCUCUAGAUCAAAUUUUUAAUUCAUACUUGUUGAUCAUUACUAUGUUUAUAAAUGUACAUCAUCCAGUAAUUGUUACUUUCUUACACAAUAAUUUGUUUUUGCCACUAGCCAAAGUGUUCAGAUCUUUAAUCAUCUGUAUGAUAGUUGCUUAUGUAUAUGUUAAUAUUUUUAACCAUCAGCCACUUAUUUUUUUAUUUAUUUUUUUUUUGAGAACAUUUUUAGCUCACCUGUCACAAACUGACAAGGUGGGCUUUUGUGAUCAUGCGGUGUCCGUCGUUCGUCCGUGCGUCCGUCCGUCCGUAAACUUUUGCUUGUGACCACUCUAGAGGUCAUAUAUUUCACAAGAUCUUCAUGGAAGUUGGUCAGAAUGUUCAUCUUGAUGAUAUCUAGGUCAAGUUCGAAACUGGGUCACGUGCCGUCAAAAACUAGGUCAGUAGCUCUAAAAAUAGAAAAACCUUGUGACCUCUCUAGAGGCCAUAUAUUUCACAAGAUCUUCAUGAAAAUUGGUCAGAAUGUUCACCUUGAUGAUAUCUAGUUCAAGUUCGAAACUGGGUCACGUGCCUUCAAAAACUAGGUCAGUAGGUCUAAAAAUAGAAAAACCUUGUGACCUCUCUAGAGGCCAUAUAUUUCACAAGAUCUUCAUGGAAAUUCAUCAGAAUGUUCACCUUGAUGAUAUCUAGGUCAAGUUCGAAACUGGGUCACGUGCCUUCAAAAACUAGGUCAGUAGGUCUAAAAAUAGAAAAACCUUGUGACUUCUCUAGAGGCCAUAUAUUUCACAAGAUCUUCAUGAAAAUUGGUCAGAACGUUCACCUUGAUGAUAUCUAGGUCAAGUUCGAAACUGGGUCACAUGCCAUCAAAAACUAGGACUGUAGAUCAAAUAAUAGAAAAACCUUGUGACCUCUCUAAAGGCCAUAUUUUUCAUGGGAUCUGUAUGAAAGUUGGUCUGAAUGUUCAUCUUGAUGAUAUCUAGGUUAGGUUCGAAACUGGGUCACGUUCGGUCAAAAACUAGGUCAGUAGGUCUAAAAAUAGAAAAAAAAUUGUGACCUCUCUAGAGGCCAUAAAUCAUGAAAAUUUGUCAGAAUGUUCACCUUGAUGAUAUCUAGGUCAAGUUCAAAACUGGGUCACGUGCCAUCAAAAACUAGGUCAGUAGGUCAAAUAAUAGAAAAACCUUGUGACCUCUCUAGAGGCCAUAUUUUUCAUGGGAUCUGUAUGAAAGUUGGUCUGAAUGUUCAUCUUGAUGAUAUCUAGGUCAAGUUCGAUACUGGGUCACGUGCCAUCAAAAACUAGGUCAGUAGGUCAAAUGAUAGAAAAACAUUGUGACUUCUCUUAAGGCCAUAUUUUUCAUGGGAUCUGUAUGAAAAUUGGUCUGAAUGUUCAUCUUGAUGAUAUCUAGGUCAAGUUUGAAACAGGGUCAUGUGCCGUCAAAAACUAGGUCAGUAGGUCUAAAAAUAGAAAAACCUUGUGACCUCUCUAGAGGCCAUACUUGUGAAUGAAUCUCCAUAAAAAUUUGUCAGAAUGUUCACCUUGAUGAUAUCUAGGUCAAGUUUGAAACUGGGUCACAUGGCUUAAAAAACUAGGUCAGUAGGUCAAACAAUAAAAAAACCUUGUGACCUCUCUAGAGGCCAUACUUUUCAUGGGAUCUGUAUGAAAGUUGGUCUGAAUGUUCAUCAUGAUGAUAUCUAGGUCAAGUUUGAAACUGGGUCAACUGCGGUCAAAAACUAGGUCAGUAGGUCUAAAAUUAUUGAAAUCUUUUGACCUCUCUAGAGGCCAUAUUUUUCAAUGGAUCUUCAUGAAAAUUGAUCUGAAUAUUCACCUUGAUGAUAUCUAGGUCAGUUUCGAAACUGGGUCACGUGCAAUCAAAAACUAGGCCAGUAGGUAUAUAAAUAGAAAAACCUUGUGACCUCUCUAGAGGCCAUAUUUUUCAUGAGGUCUUCAUGAAAAUUAGUGAGAAUGUUCACCUUGAUGAUAUCUAGGUAAAGUUCAAAACAGGGUCACAUACCUUCGAAAACUAGGUCAAUAGUUCAAAUAAUAGAAAAACCUUGUGACCUCUCUAGAGACCAUAUUUUUCAAUGGAUCUUCAUGAAAAUUGGUCAGAAUUAUAUCUUGAUAAUAUCUAGGUCAAGUUCAAAACUGGGUCACAUGAGCUCAAAAACUAGGUCACUAUGUCAAAUAAUAGAAAAAACGACGUCAUACUCAAAACUGGGUCAUGUGGGAAGAGGUGAGCGAUUCAGGACCAUCAUGGUCCUCUUGUUUCACUCUUCACAAACCAUUAGUUACAUUUCAUUUUUCACAAACCACGAGUUACAUUUCAUUCGUUACAAACUGUCAGUUACAAUUUUGUUAUAUAUUUGAUAUUCACAAGUUAUCCGUUUCUUUGAGGUACAGAAUGCUUAUUCCACAUUUAUCUAAUUCAUAAUUUAUCUAGUAACUUCAAGAAAAAAUUAACAGAAAUCUAGUCUGCUUUGGUUAUUGUAGAACAGUCGGCAAUGUUUAAUUUUGCAAGAUGUUUAUAUGAUGCAAGAUACAGGUAGGUACCAAUAUGAUACUAAUAUGUUAUAUAUGGUAACAUACUAAUAUGAUGUGGAAAAAUAGUUAAGUACUAACAUGAUGUGAGAUAAUAGUAAGGUACAACGUACCAAUACCACUGCCUAACCAUUUCACGAUAGGGUCUGAAGACUUGGUUCUUAAGUCUUUAGUCCUGUUGGUGCACUAUAGCCUGUACAAAAAAGAAUUCGUGAAGCACGGCAUUUUUAAGCUCGCCUGUCAUUAAGUGACAAGGUGAGCUUUUGUGAUCGCGCGGCGUCCGUUGUGCGUCCGUAAACUUUUGCUUGUGACCACUCUAGAGGUCACAUUUUUUUGUGGGAUCUUCAUGAAAGUUGGUCAGAAUGUUCAUCUUGAUGAUAUCUAGGUCAAGUUCGAAACUGGAUCACGUGCCAUCAAAAACUAGGUCAGUAGGUCUAAAAAUAGAAAAACCUUGUGACCUCUCUAGAGGCCAUAUAUUUCACAAGAUCUUCAUGUAAAUGGUCAGAAUGUUCACCUUGAUGAUAUCUAGGUCAAGUUUGAAACUGGGUCACGUGCCUUCAAAAACUAGGUCAGUAGUUCAAAUAAUAGAAAAACAUUGUGACCUCUCCAGAGGCCAUAUUUUUCAUGGGAUCUGUAUGAAAGUUGGUCUGAAUGUUCAUCUUGAUGAUAUCUAGGUCAAGUUCGAAAGUGGGUCACGUGCCUUCAAAAAGUAGGUCAGUAGGUCAAAUAAUGAAAAAACGUUGUGACCUCUCUAGAGGCCAUAUUUUUCAUGGGAUCUGUAUGAAAGUUGGUCUGAAUGUUCAUCUUGAUGAUAUCUAGGUCAAGUUUGAAACUGGGUCAGCUGCGGUCAAAAACUAGGUCAGUAGGUCUAAAAUUAGAAAAAUCUUUUGACCUCUCUAGAGGCCAUAUUUUUCAAUGGAUCUUAAUGAAAAUUGAUGUGAAUGUUCACCUUGAUGAUAUCUAGAUCAGUUUCGAAACUGGGUCACGUGCGAUCAAAAACUAGGCCAGUAGGUAUAAAAAUAGAAAAACCUUGUGACCUCUCUAGAGGUCAUAUUUUUCAUGAGAUCUGCAUGAAAAUUAGUGAGAUUGUUCACCUUGAUGAUAUCUAGAUAAAGUUCAAAACAGGGUCACGUACCUUCGAAAACUAGGUCAAUAGGUCAAAUAAUAGAAGAACCUUGUGACCUCUCUUAGAGACCAUAUUUUUCAAUUGAUCUUCAUGAAAAUUGGUCAGAAUUUUUAUCUUGAUAAUAUCUAGGUCAGGUUCAAAACUGGGUCACAUGAGCUCCAAAACUAGGUCACUUUAUCAAAUAAUAGAAAAAACGACAUCAUACUCUAAACUGGGUCAUGUGGGAACAGGUGAGCGAUUCAGGACCAUCAUGGUUCUCUUGUUUAAAGUUUCCUUUUGUUGGAAUUUCUAGGUGAUGAAGGCAUGCAGCUUUAAAAUGUAAAAAAAAAUAUUUUAAAAAUGGCAAUAACUAAAGAAAUUACAGACUUUAUAUAUAUUUUCCUUGUCCAGUAUUAUAAGUUAGCAUUGUAACAUUUGUAAAUGCACAUAAACACACUUACUCCUUCAUGUACUGUAUCAAAUUUUUGUAUAACAUUUCGUUGAUUGCAAAUCUUCCAGUAAUUGUUACUUUCAUAAACCAUUAUUUGUUUAUUCAAUAGCCACCAACAAAUGUGUUCAAAUUUUCAUCAUCAUUACCUGAAUUACUUAGAACUGUGAAUAUUUGCAAUAUUUUUGAACCACCAGGGACUGUGUUCACAUUGUUGCUGGAGAAACAUUUUUCUUUCUUCACAGACCAUUGGUUCAGAGUUUAAGAAUAGUUACUCAGUAUUUUAUCUAGUAACUUUGAAAAAAAUAAAAGCUGGAAAUCUA